AUGUUUUCUAAACCAAUAUAUAAUAAUAUUAAAUAUCCACAACCUCAAUAUCAAACAACUAAAUUACCAAGUUUUAAUGAAUUAUUAACUACUAUUCCAUUACCAAAUGAAUUCCCAUUAAAUAGACCAACUUCAACAUCACCAAUUUAUCCAGUAUAUUAUUAUCCAGUUAAUGUUUCAGUAUCACCAAAAACUUUAUUACCAACACCUCCACCAACUAAAGAUAACUUAACUCCAAUAACAAAUUUAAGUAGUAUUAAUGAAGAUAAUAAAAGGAAACAUACCUGUAAAAUAUGUUCCAGAUCAUUUACUACCUCGGGUCAUUUAGCUAGACAUAAUAGAAUUCAUACUGGUGAGAGGAAACAUAUUUGUCCAUGGCCAACAUGUGAAGCUAGAUUUGCCAGACAAGAUAAUUGUAUGCAACAUUAUAAAACUCAUACAAAUGGUAAAAAACGUAAAAAUUUAAAUUUUAAAAACAAAAGUAUAAAUUCUAAAAGUAUUUAA